CGAUAACCAAAUGAAUAAGCUUGAAUCGUAGCUGACACUGGACCGACCUGACUCGAUUCGAGCACGAACAUGAAACAUUUAUGAUCCAUAGCAGAGUCUGAGAUUCAUGAGCAUGGGACACACGGUAGCCUUGCACUGAUUCCACCACGGAGUCGAAGUGGGCUAAUAGCCUAAUAGGCUAAUACUAUUACUAAUACACUAAGAAAGUCGGACCCGUACCCGAGACUCAUUCGGGCAGGAAGGCGGAAGAAGAACCACCACUACGCCUACGGUCUACGUAUCACCGUUAUACUGGUAUUACCCCAACUCCGCGGGUACAGUUAAGGGUUUAAGUUCUCUAGGGUUUAAAUUUCUGCAAAUUCUCCCGAGCACAAGCUACCCAGGAAGAAAAAAAAUGGCAAGUUCGAUGGCUGCUGUCUCGCGCAGGCUCUACCGCUGCCUUCUCUCAAGCUCCAAAUUGUCUCAGAUUUCCAUGCCUUUCUGCACAACCACUGUCUCCUCUUCCGAGCACUCAGACGUAGAGACCGAGUCAGUUCCCAACCCCGCCGCUGAUUCUUCUCCGCCAUCGCCGUCAUCUACUGCGCCCCUCGCCGGCGAACCGGUGGUGUUUGAUCGCCCACUUGAGGGUGGCAUCGAUAUCGGCGUUUAUAAGGCGAUAUUGGUGGGUAAGGUGGGGCAGAGUCCAUUUCAGAAGAAAUUGAAGGGAGGGAGGACGGUGACUCUGCUCUCUCUGGGAACGGGAGGGAUUCGCAAUAACCGUAGGCCUCUGGAUAAUGAGGAGCCCAGAGAUUAUGAGAAUCGAUGUGCUGUUCAGUGGCAUCGUGUCUCGGUUUACCCUGAGAGAUUGGGCGAUAUUGUCAUGAAGAAUAUUGUGCCCGGGUCAAUUGUGUAUCUGGAGGGAAAUCUGGAGACCAAAAUAUUCACGGAUCCGAUAACUGGCCUCGUGCGCCGUGUAAGAGAGAUUGCUAUUCGUCGAAAUGGGAGAAUCGUGUCCUUGGGAGGAAAUGACAACGCCCGGAAAGCUAGCCCUCCAGAGCUAAAAGGUGUUGGAUACUACUAGGAGUAUGGUAUGCAGUGAUGGAUCAUUGUUGCCUGAGAGUAGACCUCAGACGAUGUACAUCAGUGGUGCAGAUAAAUAUGUCAAGCUGACAGCGGUGAGCAAAUCUCAGCAGUGUAGUAAUUACAUUCUGCCAUUUUCCUGGGCAUUUGAAAGAUGCAACAUGAACUAUACUGUUUGCAGCCGGUGAACAGGGGUUGGAGAAACGAUUUUCUAGGAGCGAUAUCUAUCUAUAUAACGAGAUGGCUAUCUCGAAUUCCUUGUGUUACUUCUUUUUUCCUUCAGUCAUCUUCUGCAUUGAAAGAUGGGUGACUAAACCCGGCCCUGCGUUGAGCAGCCAUUGGAUUUGUAGCACGCGUGGAAAAGAGAAUUAGAAAGAGUAGGAAACCGACCUGCAAUAAUCGACAGCUGCUCUUGUUGAUGCAUUCGCCGCCGCCGACAUCACAGCUAUAUCUGUUCAGAGCAUAAACCGUGGUGGUGGAAAAAACUUGAUUUUGCGAGUGAAAAAAACCAGAGACAGUGAUGAGAAAUAGAGAUGCGAUUACAUGUAAUUUCAACCUGACCCAUUUUAUCGACUUGUUUGGUCUGUUUUGGGCGGGUUCCACCCGCCCUGUAGGUGAGGUGGGGCGGAUAUGAGUAUUCUCAUCGACCCGACCUGCCCUGAUCCGUCCAAUUCUUGACUCGUUUUUGUCUAAAUUACAUAUAAUAUUAACCAACUUACUUAUAAUUUUCCUUUUAUUACAUCAUAUUUUAGCUAUAA